UAUACAUAUUCUGAUUCCUGCAGCAUUUUAUUCAUCGCGAGGUGGUGUCAUUACAUCUUUCGGUUUGAUUCCAACACACAACGAAUCGGUUUCCGGCGAACCUAGUCUAAGGGGACAGAGAGGCAGCUGAAGCAACACUUUCUCCUUCAGCUACGCCGACCAAGAUCACUUCUCGCAUCCAACAACUUGAGGACACUGGCAGGAGUCGCCCGGAUCUGCGUCUGCGGGCGGGAUGGUGCAGAGCGACGGGGCGACGGCUGGUGAUGGUGAUUGGGUCAAUGGCCUAGGCAGCGGGGCCCCGCGGGAUCCGCAGCCUCAGUGGGACUUGGACCUGAGCUUGAACUCAAAUUCCAUGUCCGUGUCCCAUUCCCAGUUGCAUCCCCACCACUAUCAUCAUCACCAACAUCAACAUCACCACUACUCAACGGCCUCGUCGGGUGGCUACCACGUCAACUCUGCCCAGACUGACAACGAAGCAUCGCAUUUCCAGUCGUCGCAUUUCCACUCAGACCACUACGACUCGCACCAGCCACUUACCACCAGCCAGCCACAAGCGCUUGAACCCGCAGAUAAGGAGGAGUUUAGAUUACCAAAGGUCGAACCGACAAGCCCACCAGGGCGACACAACAACGCGCAAUCCUCCCCUCAGCAUUUACACGAGCUGAAUACCGAUACGAUUCCUACAUGGGACAGCAUGCCGCCUCCAGCGCAGGCAGUGCCUAUCGCGGACGGCCAAGGUACCUCAAAUCCGAGGAAAAGGUCCCGGACGGAUGAUUCCGUCACAUCAGUGGUGAUAACGGCUACAACCGAGGAUGGGGCGCGGCCCAAGAAACGCGGGCGUCCAAGGCUCGCCGAGGCCGACAACAAAACAUACUUGGAGCGUCGACGAACCCAGGUCAGGGUAGCCCAGCAAAAGUAUCGCAACAAGAAGGAGCAGAGCAUCGUCGACCUUGAGCAGCAGGUCAGGGAGGAGAGGGCACAGCGCAGAGCGCUGGAGCAGGAGUUUCAACACUUUCUUUCCCUUCUCCAGAAGAAUGACACGAUGCUGCAUAGCCCGGAGGACGUCCUCUCCAGCUUCACGGCCUUGCGUCAGAGGUUCUUCUAUGCCGAUCUGGACAAGGAGAAGGAACAGGACAACCAGAGCACCACAUCGUCGGCCAGUGGGCAGCACCAAGCACCACACCCUACGGCCAAGCGACAUCAGGCCACGUUGGGCACGAUCAGUAACUCCUCCAGCGAUCGAUAUCUCGGCGUGGCUUCAGCAGUGGACGGCACGCGCUCGCACGAGGGCCACAACAUCAGCUUCACCACCGCGGCAACGAGUCACCACCCCCCUGAGGCGCCCUUGUACGAAGUCAUCGCAGACCCCACUGCUGAGAAUGCCAGCUUCCCUCAAUACAUCCCUGACCCAAGCAACCCUGGCGCCUGGAUAGCACAGACGCCCGUGCCCCAGGACCAGCCGCUGCAGCCUCCGCAACGCAUGCAGCAGUAUCCGAAUCCGUCACUGUCCACAAUGCGCAUGGCCUCGCCCAGGUCUUAUGCCUCGCAAGAGGGCACAUUCGGGCGGCGUCUAGCAAGGACAACCCUGGAGCGUGGUCUGGUUCUGGCCACCAUGUCGAAUCCGCCGCCGGAUCGUUUCGGUGCUGUCUUUGGGUUCUCUCUCUUGUUUGAGUCGCGCGAGGGCAUUGUGCGGCGGCUCAACGACCAUCUUCGGGCGAUGAACCAGCAAACCCUCAGCUAUUGGAGAUAUCCGUUUACCAACCUCGGUGGUGCCGGUCUGCAUUACACCGACCAGGAUCCUUCGGUUGGCGGCGGCAGUCAUCAAGAACCCUUUAAGCCUCGACACAUGACAGGGCUGCAGAUGGGGCCCAUGGAGGAGCAAGUGGCCGAUGUGAGGGACAAAUACGUCAGCAACGACACGAAGGUCAAUUUUGCUGGGUUUGAAGGAGAUUUCCUCGACUGUAUGGAGGUGGAGCGCUAUCUCCGGGACCGAGGCAUCAUUAUUCCUGCCAACGCAGAGUUCGUCUACGCUGAGCUCAACCCAGCGCGGUUUGCGGAUGCACAGGCCACAGACACCGUUCCCGUCAACGCCGUCGACGGUGAUGUGUACGCCGCCAGUGCUGCGAUGAAUUAUGCGCAGGACUGGUCUGCCUAUGGAGCGACAGCGGUCUUGGGCAACGGCACGGGGCCCAGUGCACCGGACAUCAACGGCCUAACCCCUUUCCUGUGUCCGGCAGUACCGCCAAAGGCCUGGGUGAGCAAGGAUCCCUCAAAUAUGCUCUUUGCGGCCAAGAUCAGUGUGCCCAUACUGGUGGAGGAGAUGGUGCGACGGUGCGUCUGCCUGGGCAGGACCCCCGGCGUCCGACCUAAGGAUGUCGACCGAGCUAUCAAGAUCGCGUCUGGUUUGUUUAAAUCGGUGUCAUGAUUGUGUGUUUCUGGGAGCAAGUAUGUGAAUAUCUGGGUAAUUUUGGUUAUUAGACUCUUGUGAUACCCCAUGCCCAAGGUGGCAUAAAAGCGUUUAUGAAUAUAUAUAUAUGAUCAUUCAUCCCUUGGAUGUGCCACAUGCCACGAAUCAACCUCAUUCUGUGCUG